AUGACUUUCAACUUCACGCUGCCGCUUCGUGCGGCCCAAGGCCUUUUCGUAUUCAUCGAUCUCGUCCUGAUGUCUUAUGUUGCGCACUGGUGGAGUGGCGCCUGGCAUGUGUAUUCCCCCCCCGAGAUCAACUUCUUGAUCUUCUGCUGCGCAUGGACCAUUCUUGCCCUCGCAUACCUCAUCGUUGCGCCGGCACGAUUCCCCAAGGCUGCACACAAAUUCGGCAUCCUAGGCGCCGAGUUCUUGACCAUGAUCUUUUGGUUUGCUGGUUUCAUCGCACUCGCUGCCUAUCUUGGGGAUCGUUGGUGCAUCGGGACUGUAUGCAAUUGUGCCAAGGCUGGCGUUGCAUUCGCUGCCUUCCUGUGGGUUCUCUUUGCUGCGACGUUCGCUAUGGCUCUCCUCCACGUAUGGAAGACUCGUAAUACGAAUGAUUCUCGGCCAGAUCCAAAAAUCGAGAUGCAUCAAGGCGCCUAA